AUGCUGUCCCAACUCCUCCAGCGCAGAUUGACGGCUCCGCUGCGCCGUCGCAAACCCAAUGCCGCCUCGUCCCGCCCAGCCAGCCGCACCGGCCUCCAGCAACGGUGGAUAACGCCAGCUCCCAGACCCGGCGACGGCCCGCUCCUGUCCAGACGCGCAGAUCGCCAACUGCCCGAAGUCAGCCAGGUCCGAUUCCGCUGGGGCCGCUCGCUCCCCGUCUUCCUCGCCAUCAUCGGCGUCUGCUCCGUCGCCAUCUUCAACUACCAAAAGACGUCGUCGCCCGUCGUGGCCUCGACGCUCUACGCCCUGCGCAAGAACGCGCGGGCCCGGGACAUCCUCGGCGACGACGUCUACUUCAAGCACCAGAUCCCGUGGAUCGGGGGCGAGAUGAACCAGAUGCAAGGGCGGAUCAACAUCCACUUUACGGUUCGGGGCACCCGGGGCUGGGCCACGAUGCGGUUCGCAAGCCAUCGCCCCGGCUCGCGGUCGCUGUUCCAGACGACCGAGUGGAGCCUGACGACCCAGGACGGGGAGUGGGUGGAUUUGCUGGAGGGCGGCGACCCCUUCAAGGGCCUCUUGGGCGGUGAUGGGUUGGUUGCGGGAUUGGAGGGCGUCGACGACGUGGUGGAUGCGCAUGCCUUGAGGGGGUUCAGGCAGCAGGGCGUGCUGAACAAGUGA